AUGGCCGACCAAGAGCAACACAACAUGGAAGUUAGGAUGGAAAUCGAUGAGUUGAAGGGAAGCAUCACCAAGCUCACUGAGAUGAUGCAAGUGCUAAUAGCUAGGGAUGCUGAACCCCAAAGAACUGUCAUAGCUGAAGUCUCCGAAGCUGUUGAGGAUCCCAUUCCUGUUCAAAGGCCACCUUCUACAUGGCCAGAAUUUGGUUUACCACCUGGUUACACUCCCCCAUUCGCGAAUACUUUGGGAGUAGGACUUUCUGCGCAACAGAUUGCACCAAUACCAGUCAUUGCUGAACAGCCUCCGAUUGUUCACACUACUGUUCAUCCUCCUCCUUUUGUCUAUCAUGUUGAUGAUUCCGAACGUGGUGAUCAAGAACACAACCACGAGGUGGAAGAAGUGAAAGAAAAGUACAAUGUCCUCGAGAAAAGAUUGAAAGUCGAUGAAGGAAAUGACAUCUUUGGAUUUGAUACCAUGAACCUCUGCUUGGUUUCUGACUUGACUGUGCCUGCAAAGUUCAAAAUCCCUGAGUUCGAGAAAUACAAGGGGCACACUUGCCCUAAAGAUCAUCUGACUAUGUACUUUCGCAAGAUGGCUGCCUAUGCCAACAAUGACAAAUUGCUCGUUCACAUCUUUCAAGAUAGCUUGGCUGGAGCUUCUCUGAAAUGGUACAUGAGUUUGAAGAGGGAGCAUAUCCAAACAUGGAGAGACUUAGGCGAAGCUUUCCUAAAACAAUACAAGUACAACAUGGACUUAGCCCCUGAUCGCAGACAACUUCAGACUAUGACCAUGAGAGAUAGGGAAACUUUCAAAGGAUAUGCCCAACGCUGGAGAGAACUAGCUGCUCAAGUUGAACCUCCUCUUGCUGAGAAAGAGCUUACUGGUAUGUUUAUGGAUACCUUGCAGCCAGUCUUCUAUGAGAAAAUGAUUGGAAGUGUCUCUUCUAGUUUUGCUGACCUGGUCACCAUUGGAGAAAGGGUCGAAGAAGGCUUGAAAAGUGGCAAGAUUGUGAACGCUGCUGAAUCAUCCAACAACAACCAAGCAAAGAGAUUCCCUGGAAGCUUCCAUAGAAAAAAGGAAGGUGAAGCUAAUGCUGUUGUGACUAAUGGUGAAGGAACUCAGAAUCCACAACCCUACCAAGUCCCCACUUAUCCACAAGCGCCAUUCAUGCCUUAUUAUCAGUAUCCGCAUGUCGCAGCUGCUCAACAUCAACAACCAUACUUCCCAAUGCCAUCGCAUCAACAACCAUGGGCUGCUUCCCAUCAGAAUGCUUCACAAAGUACUCAUCAGAAUGCUUCACAAAGUGUUCCUCAGAAUGCUCAACAUAGUCAGAAUAGGCAGCAGAAUCAGAAUAGGCCUCAGAAAGAUCCACCAAGGGAGCCUCGCCGCAUUGACCCAAUUCCAAUGACGUACACUGAAUUGUGGCCUGCGCUAAUCCAUAAGUCGUUGAUAGCUCCUAGGCCAACUAAAGCUCCAACACCACCAUUCUCCAAAGGAUAUAAUCCGAAUGCUAAGUGUGCUUUUCAUAGUGGAGUAGUUGGUCAUUCCAUUGAAGACUGCUGGGUUUUGAAGGAGAAGGUUCAAGACCUGAUCGAGAGCAAGAUGCUCACCUUUCGAGAUGUUAAUCCGAAUGUGGUCACUAAUCCUCUACCCCGGUGA